ACAAAUAAAAUUCACUUAGUAGUAAAAUAAAAAAUUUACAAAAAAAAAUUGUUGAUGGAUCAAGCACGGAUCAUAGUUGGAUGCCUAAAAUGACUUUAGUUAGUGCGGAAUGCUUCACAAAACAUGAACAUAAACAUAAAAUAGUCUGAAAAUAAGCAUUAUGACCAAGGAUGGUAGUACGAAUAUAUUCGUCAUACGGAAAAAAAGAGUUAAGAAGUACGAGUUUUCUUGUAAAGAGAAAUGUAAAAUCAACUCUGCUCGUAUUAUUGUGGCCCCACCAAUGCCAUGGCCCCCCGGUUGGGAACCUUGGGAUAUUGUUGGAAACAAAGGUGUGGUAAACAUCACACAUAAAGUUUUGGAUUCAAAGAGUCCACAUUGCAAACUUCAGUAAUCAUAAAAUUUUAGUUAUUCUUGAGUUUUUUAAUCAUUGUUUCAAUUUCUCUAUUUUUGUAUAUACAGAUUUAUAAAUAGAAUAUAAACCGCUAUAAUGGCUCGGAAAAAGAAAGGAAAGGCGAAGAAAAAUGCUUCGAAAAACGCUUUGCGAGAAAUUGAAGAAAUCAGUCGUGCUCCUCAUUCAUUUGUAUUCGAAAGAGGCCAUGUUGGAAAUAACGUAUCAACUUUAGCGAAAGAUAUGAGACUGGUUAUGGAACCGUAUACGGCUACGAAUUUAAAACUUCGUAAAAAGAAUGUUUUAAAAGAUCUUGUGUCCAUCGCGGGUCCGUUGAAUGUCACAAACUUUAUUAUGUUUAGUAAAAGUCCAAAUGGGACGAAUAUGAGGAUUGCGAGGCUUCCCAGAGGUCCGACAUUAUAUUUUCAAGUUACAAAAUACAGUUUAAAUCAUGAUAUUGUAUCAGCGUUGAAACGACCUCAAACUUCUGAAGGACAAUUUAGACACCCGCCAUUACUAGUGCUUAAUAAUUUUAAAGACACUCCGAACAAAUCUGAUGAAAAUAAAGGCAACUUUGAAGUGAAUCCACGAAAGCUUUGUGCCACAAUGUUACAGAAUAUGUUUCCUUCUAUCAACAUCCACAAAGUCAAAUUAAAUCAAGUCAAACGUUGCGUGUCCUUCAGUUACGACCAAGAAACGGAUCUAAUUGAAUUCCGACAUUUCAACAUCGCUGUAAAACCAAUGGGAAUGAGUCGACGGUUGAAGAAACUUGUCGCUCGAAAAGACUUACCAGAUUUGAGUAAGUAUAGUGAUAUUAGCGAAUAUCUCACUCAAAAACCAGGGGAAGGGAGUGCGUCUGAGUCCGAAGCUGAUCCCGACGGCCCACAUAAUGAAGUUGAGUUACCUCCUACGAGUGUUUCAGGGAAAGACGAUUUGCUGAACCAAAAAUGCGCGAUACGGUUGACUGAACUUGGUCCGAGAAUGACUUUGAGGCUCAUUAAGUGUGAAGAAGGGUUAUGUUCUGGCGAUGUUUUGUAUCAUAGCUUGAUUGACAAGACAAAAGAUGAAUUGGAGGAAACGUUAAAAAAGAAAGCGGAAAAGAAAAAGCUGAAAGCUAAAAGGAAAGCUGAACAAGCAAAAAAUGUGGCGAAAAAACAAGAGGAAAAAGAAACUUUAAAGAAAAAAUCACUCGCUGGAAUGAAACGAAAGUUAGAAGAAAAUGAAGAUAGCGACGACGGUUUUGAACCCGAGACCCCAAAGUUAGAACAGGUUGAUGAUGACGCAGAAUGGUAUAGAAAGGAAGUUGGACAGGAACCUGACAAAGAAACGUUUGCAACCAGUGAAGUGACUAAAAAAUUUGGUGGAAAGAAAAGAAGAAAGACCGGUAAAGAUUCAAAUUUCAAAAAGCCAAAGAACACAGCGUUCGAAGGUCAGAAGAAGUUCAAUAAAUCGAAGGUGUUUAAGAAAAAAGCUUCAUUUGCAAAAAAGAAGAAAACCGUUCGUUGAAAACAGACUUAGCGACUGCAGAAUAGCUGUUUGCCUGGAUCUACUGCUGAACUGCAGUAAAAAUGGCCCAAAGUAGUCCAGGGACAAUAUAUAGGGUGUCCAUAGAAUAAAUUCUUUAAAACUGCCAAAGGGAAUUUAUCGAUACCAUAUAUUGUCCUGGCCCUUACUGAUGUAUUAAAAUAAAGUAAAAAUACUUGAACAAUUACUGAAUGAAAAACAACAAACCUGGUUAAGAUAUAUUGAGAACUGACUUCAUUGAAAUUGUAAAGAGAAUUUAUGGACACCCUGUAUCCAUUCCCUACUAACAUAAUGUAUAUUAUACUUCGGUAUGCUUGUAUCUCAUUCUGCCUUUAAAAAGUCAUUUAACGAAGUAACAUAACGAAUACAUCUUCCAAAGACUGUG